ACGGAAGUGUUUCCAUGUAGAAUAUAUUAACUUUGUAAUACUUGCUUUGAGUGCUAUUGUUAGUAGCAGUGCUUGUUUAUUUUGAUUUGAGGUUGAGGUAGUCCUGAGUUCAAUAUGAUGCAAAAGUCGACAAAUAAUAUAUAUAGUAUAUAUCCGCAAGAUAUCGUGGAUAUUUUAGCAAUCUCCCAAUGCGGAUAUGCGAUACAAACUUUUCUCUCUCUCUCUUUCUCUCUCUCGAAUUAAUGAAGUAAAUAAAUCCCAAUAAAUACUUAUCAAAAGUAUGCAGUGCAAUCAUCUUCGGCUGAAUAAGAAUUACGCAGACCAUGGCAUACUUUAGUGGUAUUCCAUAGCACAAGCUAAACUUUUCUCCACUUAUUGUUGCCUACCUUUAGGCUUUUCUUAAAUUGAAAAAAUUCGCUUGAUUACCCUUGAACCUGCACGACGACUAUGGGAAUUUAAUGAACCGUUUUAUUAAUUAUAUUUAAUUACUAAAAACUUAGAUUACUUUCAAUUAGCUUAAAUGCACUAGAUUUUCGCAUGUACAAAAAGUAAAUUCUCGCUCGAUAUUCGCAUCAGUUUAGUGACUCCCACCGUGGCAGCUUUAUCCAGUUUUCGAAAUCCAAAUUCAAAUUAGACUAAUGUUAAAUUCAAAGUUCACUCUAGACAGACUCUGGCCUCUCCUUUGCUUCAUGCUGGUCAUCUGGCCGAGCCUGUACAGCUCAGCCUUGGUGCAGGCCGCCGAUGGUGACGAUCAGGAGCUCAUCGCCUUUCCAUCGCAAUGCGAGUGCUCGCUGACCAUGACCUGCAAGUGCUGCGUGGGCGCAGUUUUUAAGGUCAUGAGUCUAAAUAAGACACUUUGCAUGUCAUUCAAAAUAAACAUAUUUAAAGCCUCUGUUGAUGUGACUGUUACGCUGGAUAAUGAGCAAGUGUCCAAGUUUACGCUGGACUCCAAAACUACGCCCACUUUCUGUGUGCCCGUAAUAUCAGACCUAACGCCGAUGGCCAUUUGCCUGAAGAUGAGCACGAAGCUGUCGGGCCUGUCAAACAUCAACAUGUGCCCCAGUUUCUACAGCAGCUUCUCAGAUAACCAACUGCUGGCCUUUGAUUUCCCAUGCCUCAAACUGGGCACGGAUGGCUUGAGUUUUGCCUAAAGCAUUGUGCUGUUUAAAGACGUUAAAUAAAUGCCGAGAGGGUUACAAACUUCGUUUUGAUAUUCUUUAUUUUUGCUUAAAAUUGCAGCAGCAGGAGAAAAAGCCAAAUAUUUGUUUAGCGCAGGAUUCGUUUUAGUGAGAGGCUAUAUA